UCAGCCUUACUCCAUGUUACAUAAAUGUAUAUGGUGCGUACUUCUAUGAUUAACGGAAAGAACAACAAUAUAAAAUAGCAUUUUCUUUAUAUUUUAUUUCAAACCUAAACAAAGUGCGAUCGUCACAUAGUUACUACCUCGUUAAUUAGUUCCAGCGAUCCAAAAUUAGAUGAAUAUAAAAAGUUAAUUUGAUUCUUAUUUAAUGACUACUUUUUAUAAACGUAUGUACAUUGUACAAGCACCAUCUCUAUCAGGUCGUGAUGUUAGGCACCCAAACCGCACUGCGUUACGUAGGCCUUGGCCAGAGUACACUGGGCAUUUGGAGUCCACCGAUGAUCGGGGCAGUUCUUGAAGUACUCCAUGUAGGUGCACCCAAGGACGAUGGCUGAGAAGGGGCUGCAUCUUGGUUGUUGCUGCUGCGUCUUUUGCUGCUGCACCUGUUGUUGCUGCUGCAUGAUCAUGGCCAGUCUGCGCUGCGAUUGGGGCUCACACUUGGAGAACGCCAUGGUCAUGGUUUCCACGUAAAGGGUAUCGUUGGAGAACUUAGCGGAGAGAUCACUGCGUAUGUUUGCCAGGUUUAGUUUCUGGGGCUCAUCAAUAUACUUGGAGGAUGUGAGGAUGCACUCAGCUAGGCACUAAGUAGAUAAUGUAUUAUGUAUUGCGACUUCUUAACAAUUUCAUAGGCUGAGAUUACUCACUGCUGCCGUGUCCAAAGAUGGAGGACCUCCUGCCUUCUGUCCAUUUGCUGUUCCUAAAAUCCGUUGGGCGCACUGCUCAGCCACCUGGUCGCGACCCCCAUCCUUGCAGCAGAGUGCGGGAUCCUAGGAAAGUGUCAAAAUAUCUUAAGAAUCACUUUAAAAUUAAAAAAAAACCAAACUCAAAACCCACCACUAGUUGCGGUGGUCUUUGGCAAUCAAUCGUGGCUUGGCCAAAUACUAGACGAGUAUUUAGGGCCAGCGAAGCGAAGAUCACAAGAAGCUGACUGGGCGACAUAGCUGCAAUUGACUCCAAAUCUAAUGGAACGAAAAGAGUAAUGGCCACUUAAUAGUGCCAGCCACGCAUGACCAGAAAAGCCCAGCAAAAGUUCAUUGUUGCAAUCUGCUGCUGUUUGGGGCCAAUGUCAUAAAUAAUGUCAUGUUUUGGGCCAUUGACAUUGCGGUAAGGUUAUAGUUCGUUAUAUAAGCAUAGAACGUUCUUCGCUCAAUUAAACAGCAAUUGCCGAAAAAAAACUGUGGUGCUGGGAAUGCUGCUGUAAAAUGUGUCAUGGUGCUCGAAAUGGUCUAUAAUUGCGAGAAUUAUGUUCCAAUUCGGUAAAAGGAACAUGAUUUGGCUUUGAGAAAUUUAAUAUUUCUAAAAUAAUCAAUGACCUAAUUAGAUUUCCAUUACGAAUUCUGCCGCCCAAUUAAUGCACCAAGUUGGCAGUACCAACAUGAUGAAGAUUCAAUCGAUUGCUCAGUUAUCGAUAACCAUGGACGCGGGCACCAAAAUCCUAGUUGUGGGCGAUGUGCGAGGUCGCUUCAAGCAGCUAUUUCAGCGCGUGGAGCAGGUCAACAAAAAAGCGGGACCCUUCGAAAUCCUUUGCUGCGUCGGUGACUUCUUCGGGGAGGACAAGCAAAACGAGGAACUGAUUGCCUACAAAAAUGGUUUUAAGCAUAUCACUGUUCCCACCUAUAUCCUGGGACCCAACCAAAGGGAGCAUGAAAAAUACUUUGAAAAUCUGACGGACGGUGAAAUCUGCACCAAUCUUACGUAUCUUGGUCGACGUGGGGUCUACACGCUGAGCAGUGGUGUUAAAAUUGCCUAUCUAAGUGGUUUGGAGGCACAGGGCACUGCAGAUUCCGCUGGCUCGGAACACGAGUUCACCAAAGCCGAUGUCAUCGCUGUGAGGAACUCAUGUUUGGUGUCCAAGAACUGCUCCACAGAGUACCGCGGUGUGGAUGUGCUCCUAACAUCGCAAUGGCCCUUUGGUAUGCAGGAGAAGGAAAACGCCACAGCAUCCAAGUUGGUAUCAUUUCUUUGUCGUGAAAUAAAGCCGCGCUAUCACUUUUGUGCCAUUAAUGGAACACACUACGAAAGCGCACCCUUUCGGAUGCCCAAAGAUGAGACUACCCAGUUUGAACUGUGCACUCGCUUCAUUUCCCUUGCGGAAGUGGGAAAUGCCGAAAAAGCCAAGUACAUCUAUGCACUCAGCCUGAAGCCAGUAGACAAAUCACGCUUAUUGGACCUAGCGCAGAAGACAACAAAUGAAAUUCCGUGUCCUUUCAUUGGCUUGGACUUAGGCGGAGCUAUUGGCAAGAAUGAUUCGUCAGAAAACCGACAAUACUUCUACGACAUGGAUGGUGGCAGACGCAAGCGACAAGGCGGUGAUAAUAACAAAAGAGAUAAACGUCCUAGAAUACCGCAGAUUGAGCAAGAUAAAUGCUGGUUCUGUUUAUCCUCACCUGAUGUGGAGAAGCAUCUCAUUAUCACUGUGGGCGAACAUUUUUAUCUUGCUCUGGCCAAAGGACCGAUUAACAAACACCAUGUCAUGAUAUUGUCCACCAAGCAUGUGCCCUGCGCUGCUCAACUAAGUCCAGAUGAUUGGAAGGAGCUCAACAAGUUCAAGGCAGCUUUGCGAAAGUUCUUCAAAACGUUAGGCCAAGUGGUGUGUUUUACUGAACGGCACUAUAAAUCGGUUCACCUACAAAUCAACGCGCUUGCCUUUGAAGAAGGCUAUGCCUGGAAGAUAAAACAUAGUUUUGAGGAUAAGGCGGAGGAAUUUAAUCUGGAAUUUGAGACACUUCCCGCAUUGGAUUCUGAGAAAAUGCUGCCUGAAAUGGGACCUUAUUUCCUGGCCGAGUUACCCGACGAUAGCACACUUAUAACGCGGCAAAUGAAACACUUUCCCAUUCAUUUCGCAAGGGACGUGUUCUGUUCGGAGAAUCUUCUUAACUGCGAUGAAAAAGUGAACUGGAAGGAUUGCCUUCUCGAUAAGGACGAAGAAGUGGCGUAUGUGGAAGAUUUCCGAAAGGCUUUUGCGCCCUUUGAUUUUACAGACGAUUAAGCAAAGAACAUUGUAUGUAUAGUAAAAAGUUCAUAUCGGUUGUAAUUGCUGAGCCCUUGCUAACAGUUCAUCCAUGUAAAUGCUAAAACUACAAUUUAAUUAAAAACGUAUCCGU